GAGCCAUGACCAUCCAUGCAUGACCAUCCCUUCAACCCUCUAUAUAAACAACCUCCUUUCCCCUCUCCAUAUUCAAACCCAACUCCCACAUUCACACAGAGCUCAAAGCUUUCCAGUCAUCACUUCCAUAUCACACAAAGCUCAUCUCAUAUAUUCUCAUCACUACCAGUCAAAUCUAAGCUAGAUAUGAAGAUGAGCAGCAGUGCCAGUAAGAGAAGGCUAUCAUCAUCAUCAAGCAGAGGGCUUGGGGGUGUUCUCAAAGAGCAAAGAGCCAGGCUUUACAUCAUAAGGAGGUGUGUGGUCAUGCUUCUAUGCUGGCAUGACUGAUCUGAUUUUGAAGAAUCUGAAGUCCUAGCUUAGUUUACUAGCUAUGUCAAUUGCAAGGGGCAAUUGGCUAGGGAAGAUUUUUGGUUUUUUUUUUUUUUUUCCCUUCACUUUUUUCUAUCUUCUUCUUGGUGGAGUACUACUGUAAAUAGUGAAGCUAAGGAUGUGGUCGGAAAAUUAGCUGAAACCAAUUUUGUAUGGAAUGUUCUUCAUGGGCUAGAUAUGUAUAUCGGAUAGCAUUAAUAUAAGAAACUUUCAUAACUAUA